UCCUACACACUGCCUGUCUCUCUCUCUCUCUCUCUCCUCUUAUCUCCAACUCCCAAAAAGCCUCUCUCUCUCUCUCUCUCUCUCUCUCUCUCCAUAUCCAAGAAAAAUGGCCUCAUCUCCUCCCUCCUCUUCCUCAGCCAAACCCUACCAAAACCCAUCUCCACAGUGAGAGAAAGAUCACAUUUUUUGUAUAUAUUUCUCUCUAAAACACUCUGCUUUUUUCCUUUAUAUUGUGUGAGGCAGAGUAUAGUGGUGUCUGAAAUGGCUUCUACGCCGCCGCAGUGUUCAAUCACGGCCACCAAGCCGUACCAAAACCACCAGUACCCACAAAACCAGCACCACCAUCCCUUGAAAAACCACCGCCAGAGCAACCACCAGAACCGCCGCUAUUGGGCCAACACCACCACCACAUCCUCCACCAACGUUUCCAUCGCAAAGCCUCUACCUUUACCUUUACCUUUGCCUCUGCCUUUGCCUUUGCCUUCACACUCCUCUCGCAAUGCACCAAAAUCCCGUGCUACCACCACCACCACCAACCCCCAGAACCCUAGCUUCUCUUCUCUCUGCGCCGCCCAGAAAUCCGAGCUCUCUGCUGACUUCUCGGGCCGCCGAUCCACCCGCUUCGUCUCCAAGAUGCACCUGGGCCGGGCCAAAUCCUCCUCCAUGGGCUCCCGCCACACCUCAAUGGCCGAGGAGGCUCUCACACACUUGCUCCAACUAGGUAAGAGGGAUGAUAAUGGCCUUGACUUUGUGUUGCUUAAUUUUGAGUCCAAGCUUUGUGGUUCCGAUGAUUACAAUUUCUUGCUUAGAGAGCUAGGCAAUAGAGGGGACUGUUGGAAAGCCAUUCGGUGUUUCGAAUUUGCUGUGAGAAGAGAGAGGAAAAAGAAUGAGCAAGGGAAACUAGCGAGUGCUAUGAUUAGCAUUCUUGGUAGGCUAGGAAAAGUUGAGCUUGCCAGGGGGGUUUUUGAGACAGCUAGGAAUGAGGGGUAUGGGAACACGGUUUACGCCUAUUCGGCUAUGAUUAGUGCUUAUGGGCGAAGUGGGUAUUGCGAUGAGGCUAUUGAGGUUUUCGAUUCGAUGAAAAACUUGGGGUUAUGGCCGAAUUUGGUUACUUAUAAUGCAGUGAUCGAUGCGUGUGGAAAAGGAGGCGUGGAGUUUAAGAGGGUUGUGGAGAUUUUUGAUGAGAUGUUGAGAAAUGGGGUGCAACCUGAUCGAAUUACCUAUAAUUCGCUUCUUGCGGUUUGUAGUAGAGGGGGGUUGUGGGAGGCAGCCCGGAAUUUGGUUAGUGAGAUGGUGGACAGAGGGAUUGAUCAGGAUAUUUUUACUUAUAAUACACUUUUGGAUGCGGUUUGUAAAGGAGGGCAGAUGGAUUUUGCAUAUGAGAUUAUGUCGGGGAUGCCCGGGAAGAAUAUUUUGCCUAAUGUGGUGACUUAUAGUACUAUGGUUGAUGGGUAUGCUAAGUCUGGUAGAUUGGAAGAGGCGCUGGGUUUAUUUAAUGAAAUGAAGUUUUUAGCUAUUAGGUUGGAUAGAGUUUCGUAUAAUACUUUGCUUUCGAUUUAUGCGAAGCUUGGUAGGUUUGAGGAGGCUUUGAAUGUUUGCAAGGAGAUGGAGAGUUGUGGGAUAAAGAAGGAUACUGUAACUUAUAAUGCUCUUCUGGGUGGGUAUGGGAAGCAAGGGAAGUAUGAUGAUGUCAGAAAAAAGUUUGAAGAGAUGAAAGCGGGAACUGUUUCUCCUAAUUUGUUAACUUAUUCGACAUUGAUUGAUGUGUUCUCAAAAGGUGGUUUGUACAAGGAGGCAAUGGAGGUAUUUGGAGAGUUUAAGCAGGCAGGAUUGAAAGCUGACGUGGUUCUGUAUAGUGCACUUAUUGAUGCUCUGUGCAAAAAUGGGUUGGUGGAGUCUGCUGUUUCAUUGCUUGAUGAGAUGACCAAGGAGGGGAUUAGGCCUAAUGUUGUCACUUAUAAUUCCAUUAUUGAUGCUUUUGGUCGGUCUUCAGCCACAGAAAGUCUAGUUGAUACUGCUGCUGGGGCAGGCGAGCGACAUACUGAAUCUGCAUCUCCAAUGGUCUUUGAGGAUGUCAAUGAUACGGAGGUGGGAGAUCGAGAGGAUAAUCAAAUCAUGAAGAUGUUUGGGCAACUAGCUGCUGAGAAAGCAUGUCACAUAAAGAAAGAUAAGAGGGUCAAGCAAGAGAUCUUGUGCAUAUUGGGAGUCUUUCAGAAGAUGCACCAGCUAGAAAUAAAGCCAAAUGUUGUCACCUUUUCGGCCAUAUUAAAUGCUUGCAGCCGGUGUAAUUCAUUUGACGAUGCCUCAAUGUUAUUGGAGGAACUGCGGUUGUUUGAUGAUCAGGUUUAUGGUGUGGCCCAUGGACUUCUUAUGGGUUAUAGGGAAAACGUUUGGAUUCAAGCUCAGUCUCUGUUUGAUGAAGUCAAGCUGAUGGACUCGUCAACUGCAUCUGCCUUUUAUAAUGCUCUGACUGAUAUGCUUUGGCACUUCGGUCAGAAAAAAGGGGCCCAACUGGUUGUGCUUGAAGGGAAGCGCCGGAAUGUAUGGGAGAGUGUUUGGUCUGAUUCUUGCUUAGAUUUGCAUCUUAUGUCUUCGGGAGCAGCACGGGCAAUGGUUCAUGCGUGGCUGCUCAAUAUACAUGCUGUCGUGUAUGAAGGCCGGGAAUUGCCAAAGCUAUUAAGCAUUUUGACUGGGUGGGGCAAACACAGCAAAGUAGUUGGCGAUGGCACGUUGAGACGGGCCAUUGAGGCACUCCUCAUUGGCAUGGAUGCACCCUUUCGGGUUGCGAAGUGUAAUAUAGGUAGGUUUAUAUCGACAGGAUCUGUGGUGGCUGCGUGGUUAAAAGAAUCCGGCACCUUGAAGGUCCUUGUUCUUCAAGAUGACAAAAUUCAUCCCGGAGGUGCUAAGUUAGAUCAAAUUGCCAAUUUGCAAGCUCUCCCCUUGUAGUCAUGUUUUUUCUUCUAUGCACCAAAACAUGUGUAUAUAUUGUAAUUUGUACAAGUUAUCAGAAGAGACAAAAAAAAGGAACUACCCAAAUUCUCAUC